UAGAGUUUGUAAAUACAAAAAGAGAAGUCAUUGACAGUGAUAAGAUAACCUCUUAAGUUCCAUUAAUUGUUAUUUUUUUAUUAAUUUAACAUAAUUAUUAACUUGUAUUGAAUAAAAAUAAAAAAUAAUCCAACAAGUUUCAGAAAAUGCUUUCAAUGGAAAGAUUUCCAGAUCAAAUUGGAUACCUCGUAUUAACAGAAGAUGGAGCAGUAUUGACUUCAGGUGGUGAACUUGAAAAUGAUGAAAGAAUGGCAAAUAUCAUUAUGAAUCUAGUUUCUUUAACUGACAAAAUUGAUUCAAAAGCUUUCUCAUCAAAUGAAGGUUUUGAGAACAUUUCAAUUGUUUAUGAUGAUCACUGCUACAUUAUUUGCUUAUCAAACAAAAAAAUUCAUGUGAUCAAAAAGAAGUUGUUGCCUACUUCAAAUUCAGCUACAAAUCAAUCAUUGAUUGAUAUUUAGUAACUAUAAGAAGAAAUCAAAUAAUUGUGAUAUUGACUUAAAUUUUGCUUACAUAAUUAGAAUAAACAAGAUAUUAUAAAUUUGUUUGUUUACGUGGUAAAUAUUUUGUAACUAGUUUUAAGCAUAUUAAAUAAAAGUAAUGUUUUAAUAUU